CCCGCUUUGCAUGCCGGUAUACCCCACCCGAACACGCUUCGACAAUAAAAGUCCCCCCAGCAGCGUCUUCCGAAAAGCAAAAAAAUCUAAAAUCCUUUAGAAAAGCCUCGUGUUUUUCAGCAUUUUUCUUGACGAGAACCGUAAACGUGCACGUUCCGCGUACCUUGGAAGCAUUUCCCAAAACCCAUCUGCCUUUUGCGUGCAAAAGAGAGCCGUUGAAAGCGAUGGAAGCCGAAAUUACGAGGUCGAACGACGAGUACUCGCUCGCCGAACACGACGUUGCUCAACAAAUCGACAUCUCCGACACGAUUCCGAGCGAGCACGAAGGGGUAGCUGAGGUUUAUCAAAACACGACAGAAAGUAGCGAAGAAGGACAGCAAGCAGCGAUAGAAGUCGCCAACACAAGGUUCACUUUUCCUGCUUCUACAAGCACCGUUACCCUAUCGACGAGUGCCGAUGGCAGCCAGCCACCGGCUGUGUUACACGUCCAACAAAUUCCAAACAAUUUGGGGCCCAUACAAAGCGAAGCUCUUCGCGUUGCAGGUUUGGAAGCCGCUGCUAGUCUCUCUCAGAUAUCACAAGGUUGGUUUUAAGUUCUGUCUUAGGAGAUUCUGUAUGUAUAGAUGUGAGGUUUAUAUAGUACUAAAUAGUGAAGUCAUUGAUGUUGUUUACGUGUAGUAGUUUAGUGAAGUCGUUGAUGUUGUUUGCGUGCUAUUUUGUUUACAUUGUCGACCUUCAUCUGUCAUACAGGAAAAAUUUAGAUUCCUUGAAUGGUUUCUGAAGGUUUACCAUGUAUGCUAUCAAUGUGACCAUACGGCCGGCUAUUUAGGGGCCACAUUCAUAUUCAUGUUUCCACAAAUAACAUCGAAUCGACCUUAUUUUUUCUCCCACCCACCAACUCCAGAUAACAUCGAUCGUUACACUCAGUCGUAUUUUGACUUUUGUAUUUAUGAUACAAAAUCUGUACUGUGAUAGUUACUUUGGACAUUGAUUGCCAAAUUGCCACCAGAUUACGUUGAUAAGUUCACAUAAAAACCCACCCACGCAUAUCGUCGAUUUGACGUUAUUCCUGGCAACAUGAAUAUGGACGACGUGGCCCCUUAACCUAACCUUUUCAGAAUUAGAAAAGAUGGGGAAACAUUUCAAGAAAUAAAAUGCUAAGUCAGAGAAAACACAACCCGACCCGGACUGCAUUUUCACUUUCCGAAUGCAGGGCCAUUGCCAUAUAGGCUAAUGGCAAGCUUGGAAAAAUCUAACACAAACAAAAGUUUUUACGUUUAAUUAAUUAACUAUAGUCACUAUACAGACACUUUAAAAACUCUUAUCAUUAUUGGUCAUUAUAGAAUUCCCAUGUUAUAGAAUUUCCAAAUUGCUGAACUGACAUGAUAUUCAAUUUUUACCAUUAAUUAACUCAUUGAGUGGCAAUGUGCCAUGAUGCUGUAAUCCACCCUACUUUAUUAUUUUACUCUGUCUAAUGCCAGACAAAUUUCACCUAUUGAGCAGGAGAGUUCCCUUAGCCCAAUGGAACUGUUGAUUCUGUUUACCGUCCGAGAAUUUAAAAAAUCUGAUGCUGGUUUUUUUCAUUAUUCAUUUUUGUGGCUAGCCCGUUUGCGGGCUAGCCAUUAUCACAUAGUACACACUACACAAACGCGAUGAGCGAUGAUGAUCAUGGUGUCCAGUCCGGAUUUUCGUAAAGUAUCGGGAGCAAUCGGAAGCGCCCGUAUUUUUCUGCCGACAUUUCACAUUUGCAUUUCGAGGCAAUACUAGUGAUGUUGUUAGUUUGUUACGACGCAGUACUGGUGAGGUUGUUAAACCAGAAAAUUAAAAUAAAGUUUAUCUUCAUGGCUUCAACCUAUGGUGACGAAACCGAUCAGAAAUUGCGCGUACUCGCCGUGUAAAUAUGGGUUUUGAUUUGCACUUUUGACUGAUUUGCGGGCCAUUUGCCAUCUUGAAUUGUCUUCUUGUUGAGAUUUCAUAUCUCAAUUGCAUUCGAAAUGUUUGGUAUUUUAAAGAAGGGUAUUGUUUGGAGGAGGUACGUUUAUAAUGCAGCGAAUAAAACCAGCAUUGGAUAAUUAUGGUAAAAGACCAGAAACUGUACAUCGAACUCGUUUAUUUAAAGGCUUUAAGUAUACCUUUCUUCAGACAUUGACGGCGUCUCAAAUGUCUACAUAUUUGUAAUAAACCUAUAAAGGUUAUUGCGUCUGUCUUAGGAGUUAUAUAGUCGAAUAAUUCAGCAUGAUUUGUCUCACGUUCUCUUAUAAGUUGACUUAUAUUGCAUUAAAAGUGGCAAAAGUUGGUGUGCUAACCAAGAUUUCAGUGUAUUUGUUUGCUAAUAUUGCUAGGCCUAUAUCGCAAACGCUAUUUGCCUAUUAAAAUAUCAUAUGACACGCAAUUUUAAUUCCACGGCAAAACUGCUGCUGCGCAAAUAACAAACGCGAGAUUAAAUAUAUGGCAGUAUUACAGUUUAGGUAUCUUUUAAAUUGCUAAUAGAUCACACGGAAACUUUUUACAAUCGUUAUAUUCAAAAGCCUAGCGCGCAAAUUCACAUAUUUGUGUUUAUUCAAGUGUUAUUCAUGAAUUCGCUAUUUACAUGGGAAGCGACGAGAUAUGACACGGUAUUUUUCAAGUGUACCGUGAAACUCCACUGACAAUAUGAGCCUGCACAAGUGGGAGAAAAUUUGCGCAUUCCGACCAUCGUGGUGUGUCUUCUUAUUACUAUUAAAUUUAAAGUUAACCAGCAUGGCAGGCUUUCUGGGUUUGGAGGAGGGUUUGGGGAGUUAAAGUUUACCAGGCUAGCCACAUGUACGCAUUGCGUACCUAUUUUUCAUUAUUUUUGUUAUCUAUUUUCCGACCAAAAGUGAUCCUUGAUCUCGACCAUCAACACUUUUGUCCAGCAUUCUGUUAUUAUUUUUGGGCUUUCCUUUGUUGAAAAUUUCUUUGUCACCCAUUGUUUUUGAAUUUGCAUAUAUCAGACUCGCGAAUUUACGACUGUACCGAACUGAUCCGUCAUACAUCAGCGAUGUACGGCUUUUUAUAUUGAAGAUUUGAUGUAUAUUUGAAAGUUUCGAUGCGUAGAAGUAAAAAUAAUGACAAAUGAUAAAUAUCAUUAAGAAUAAUGAAAAAGUCUUGCGGUAGUUGCAGGCACAUGCGGGCGGUGGACGGUAAACAGAACCUACAGUUCCAUUGGCCUUAUGAAUAAAAUUGUCUGGCAUUUGACAGAGGGCCAGUUUAUAUCGACAAUUAUAAUAUAGCAUUUGUAAAUUCUGAACGCUGAUUGGCUAAGAGCCGUGUUGAUAUAACUCAAUGUCAACACGGCAAAUUUUCCGCCGCUUGUAAACACGGAAAUUUUUCUUAUCCUUCGGGCUUUUGACAUUGCUAUAUUAUAAAAAAAUAUAAAACAUUUUUUCCGUGUUGAUAUAUAGUUAUAUUGAUAUACAGUUAUAUGUUGAUAUAUAGUGAUAUAUAGUUAUAUCAACACUCGUGGAAGUUGGGAAAACUCAAAAUUGUAUGAAAACACUCCACCCUUCGUUGUUAGCUAGUCCAUAUACUGUCCGUUUGACGGACUCUUCCCAAUUGAAGUAGUUAGGGGGCUUUCCCAACUGGAAGAUUUUCAUUUUUUCUGAUGAGAAAGUGCAUUGCAUUUGAUUUUAUAUUAUUAUAUCAAAGAACGUUUUAUUUACUUUUUCCCAUUAACUAUUUUCUCAAAAUGUACCGCGUUCCAUUAAUAUUUUGUGUGUAUUCACUGAAAUGAAAAGUGCAAAACAAAGUGUAAUCGGUGUGCAUCCGUGUUCAUUCACCGGAAAUGAAAUAUACAAAAUGAAGUGCCAUCGGGUGCAUUUUUCAGUGUUCAUUCACCGGAAAUGAAAAUAAUGUACAAAACCAAUCUACCGCUGUUACUUGUUUGCAUGUAAGAAGAAACAUGUUGGAAAAAACACUAUUUAUUCCUACACAAGGACUUUGAUCGGUCAAAAAAACUUUCCCAAUUUACAUUUAACGGACAAAACUUUCUUUUUCUGGCAAACACCCUGAAGGUACAAAUCAUUGGGCAAGAAAAAUUGUAAGAUAAAUGCUAAAUGUAACCCUUUUGAAAUUUUGUAUUUUAUUUUAUCCAGGGAUAUUACAGGCCGAAGAGGGAUAUAAAACACCCGAACCAGGGCAGGUUACGGUCAAUGUUCCAGUUAGCCAAGCCGCCCAAGCCCGAGCAAAAUGGCAAGAGGCGAUGAACAGUGACAUCUUGAUCGUGCGAUGCCGUGAGGAGGUGGGCGAGAUGCAUAAAAAUAAACUCGGAUCAGGAGGAAGAGGGAAAUGUGUAAAGGUGGGUGGGGUUUUGGGAUAUGGGUGUUUUUUUGUGCAUAGGUACUCUGAGGUGUAACCAUGGAUUCUAAAAUAACUUGAUAGGAAACUUCCUGACGUCACAGUCUCCAUGGAUUCUAAAAUAACUUGAUAGGAAACUUCCUGACGUCACAGUCUAAACCUAGUUGCAAUCUGUGAUGUCACAUGUAUUGCCAAAGUUCUCGGCACUUUUGUUGUUUCACUAUAUUUUCCACUUUAAAAGAGUAAUAUUGAAGCAUAAACUGGUCUAAUUGUUUUAAAAAGAUGCCUAAGCCACGACAAAGUAUUCAAGGUAAAUGUUUUUGUCUUUGUUUUGUAUUUUAUAACAUUUGUAGCUACGAAAUUGGUGUGACGUUGCCAAUUUUAAGGAAAUUUGCGAUGCAUUUUUCACUGUUUAGUGCUUGAAAUAUUUGCUAAAAUUGACUGGGAAUACUUUAUAGAGAUUUCCUCAUACAAUGACGUAGUUAUAUUUAUUUAGUGGUAAUUUGUGAAUUUUUGGUAUGCUAGUUUCUCACGUUUUUAAUGUUUGAAAGUUAGAAAUUUUGUCAGAAAACGUUGAACUACCGUUGAUAUCAUAUGUAGACUAGAUAUGGCAUCUCUUUUAGUAAAAUUGAAGCCAAGAAUGUUCCAGCGGUUACCCCAAUUUGAAUAGAUGGCGGCCAUAAUGGUGGCAUCCCACUCUCUAAUAAACGCUUAAAAAACAACAAUAACUUUCAUCAUUUGAAUAGUUUAAAAAUGUAUUUGGAAUAGGUUUACCUUAAUAUUUAAGUUCCCUGUUUAAGAAAUAGAAAACAUACAAAUCUUCUCAUUUCAUGGGAAUAUCCUGAGUCUGCAAUCACGGCUUCAAUUUUUGAAUUGUAGAAUAAUAAGUUGCACCCCUUCCCAGUUAAUCCGCCCAUGGUUUUGUUCUAAAGUUGUUCAUUCUGUUCUUGCAGCACAAUGGCAACUGGUACACUCCAAGUGAAUUUGAAGCGUUGUGUGGUCGAGCCUCUUCAAAAGAUUGGAAACGCAGUAUACGUUACGGAGGCCGUACGUUGCAAUGUUUGAUUGAAGAGGGGAUCAUCAUGCCUCAUGCUCUCUCCUGUACGUGUUCAACGUGUUGUGACGACAACACUCUUGCUGGCCCUGUGCGGCUGUUUGUUCCUUACAAGAGGAAGAAACGAGAGUCGUCUGAUAGUCCGAUGAGCAAGAAAAGACUUUCUCUUGCCGGUUAGUAGAAUUUAUUUUAUAUAACACCUUAUUAACCCAUUAAGCGCCAGCACUCUCCCCUUGACAAGUAAAAUCAUCUGGCAUUGGACAGAGUAAAAUACUAAUAAAAGUAGGGUGCAAUGCGACUCAAUGGGUUAACUAGACACAUGGGCAGAUAGCCCAGUUAACCCAUUAAGCGCCAGCGCUCUCCCCUUGACAAGUAAAAUCGUCCGGCGUUAGACAGAGUAAAAUAGUCUGGCGUUAGACAGAGUAAAAUACUAAAGUGGGGUGCAUCAGGGUGCAAUGCGACUCAAUGGGUUAACUAGACACAUGGGUAGAUAGGCCAGUUAACCCAUUAAGUGCCAGCACUCUUCCCUUGAUGAGUAAAAUUGUCUGGCGUUAGACAGAGUAAAAUACUAAAGUAGGGUGCAUCAGGGCGCAAUGCGACUCAAUGGGUUAAUUAAUGAUGUUUGUGAUGUUACUCUGAGUGUAUAUCCACACCGGACAAGCUUGAAAAAUAUGCCUGGCCACGGUGGGAAUUGAAAAAUGUCAUCACUACCAUGGUGGAAUUACCCUUAAUUUUAUCCAUAUUAUUUUUAAUCCAUCAUAACUCAAAUUUUUAUUUGUUUUUUUGCAGGAUUACCAUCGCGAUCAAUGAGGUGAGUCAACACUUAAUACCAAACAGAACUGAAAUUUUUAAAUUUUUUUUUUCUGUGUCGGUAUUGUAUACUCAGGUGAAUAAUAUGUUUGUGAUGUUACUCUGAGUGUAUAACCACACCGGGGGAGCUUGAAAAAUAUGCCUGGCCACGGUGGGAUUCGAACCUACGACCUCUGGAAUACUAGCCCAGUGCUCUUCCAACUGAGCUACGCGGUCAGGACGUUUUGAGUAAAAUAUCUAUAUAAAAAAAAAUUCCUAGAACACAUUGGUAUUGAAGGAACUAGAUUCUGUUCCGAAAUAUCACUUACUCGAACCGUCCUGACCGCGUAGCUCAGUUGGAAGAGCAUUGGGCUAGUAUUCCAGAGGUCGUAGGUUCGAAUCCCACCGUGGCCGGGCAUAUUUUUCAAGCUCGCCCGGUGUGGAUAUGCACUCAGAGUAACAUCGCAAACAUAGAACUGAAAUUGGCUGUCCACAAAAUACUGAUACCUACACAGAUGAUAAGAAAUGUUAACCCAUUAACAGGGCGCGAAAUAACGGCCGGUCAACAGACAAUGCCCAGCCAGAAUGCGGAGUUGUCCAGUCAAAUUCUUACCUUGCCGAUCAUUUUGACCGCUCACUUUCGGUAAAAGAACAAACUAAUCUUCAUUUCAAUUAAUAAUCAAAACAAAGUUUUCAAGUAUUAUAAUUAAGAACCAUAAGAUGUUGUCGAAUAUUUUGCGGGAAAAGAACUCCAAUGUGCGGUAGCUAUUCCACGUCACACAAAGCGCAUGGCCAUGCUUUUGGUUUACAAGUUAAAAGUCAUGCUUUUAGUGCAAUGUAAGCUGUUUUAUGUGAAGGAGUUUUUAAUUACUGAAUACAGUAUAAGGCUAAAAAGAUGGGAAAAUAGUCACAUUUUUAGGGGUAUACUUACUAGGCUUUGCUUUAAAGGACAUUGGCAAUAAAAAAAUGGUUUGUCUCAUUCAAAAGAACUCUUAAAAUUAUAUAUUAAACUUUAUUACCGAUUUGUCAUAUCUUGCUUAGUUCUCGAAAUAUUUAGACCGAAAUUAAUGAGCUGUCCCGCCAUCUUGGAAAAAUUCUUUACCUCAUUAACUAUGGUUUUGAUGACGUCAGGAGUUGGGUUAACCAUAUAAAACUACUCGAAAAUGACCGAGUAACAAUCCAAAAUUGUUUGAAAUGUUUUUAAUCAUUUCUAAAUUUCAGACAGCAACCAGAAACGAAGUUUUGGACUCAUAUUGAUCGCUUACUCUCAAGAUAAAAACUUAGCGUGACCCCUCUCUUGACGUAACAUGCAUAUCCUCAAUAAUCCAAGAUGGCGAACAGCUCACUUUUUUCAGUCGAAAUAUUUUGAAAACUAAGCAAGAUCUAAACAAUCUGUAAUAGAGUUUAAUAUAUAGUUUUAAGAGUUCUUUCAAAUGAACUAAACUAAUUUUUUAUUGCCAAUCUCCUUUAAGCUGAAUAAUUUGACCGGCCAGAAAUCCGGUAUGUCCAAGCUAAAAUUGAGUUGGCCGGUCACCUUGACCGGUAACCCUGCAGCUGUUAUUUCGCACCCUGAUUAAGUUGUAUUGCUUCCCAAUGUGUCGCACAGUACUUUAUUACUGUACAUAGCGCCAAUCAAAUGAACAAGCUUUCGUUGCUGAAAAAUGUAUUAAGACCAGUCACUGCAGUGUUGUAAAAAUUACUGAAAAAAAGUAACGAGUAGAAAUUAGGAAUGCUCGAUAUGAGAAAUUUCCGGUAUUGGUAUACCGAAAAAAUUAUACCGAUAUGAUCGGUAUACCGGUUUUCCUUUGAUAAUUAUAAAGGAAAAUUCUUUAAUGGAAAUUUGAAGGUAAUUUUGAGUAAUUCUAAAAGGGAAAACGAUAAUUUUGAAGCUGUUUUGAAAUCUAAAUCAUUUCAGUAGAAAGUUCUUUGAAUUGCCAUUCAGUAGUAAAAUAAAGGUUAUGGUUUUGCCAUAUAGUUGGUAAAUGUAACACAGUAUACCGAAAAAUUCCGGUAUAUCCGAAAUUUCGGUAUACUGUAUCGGUAUGGUUGAAUAUCCGGUAUCGAUAUACCGAUAUUGAUUUAAUACCGAUAUUUUCGGUAUAUCGGUAUACCGAACAAUCCUAGUAGAAAUUACAAUUACUUCUCCUAAAAAGUAAUUGAUUAGAUUUACAAAUUACUUUACCAGAAAAAGUAGGUAAUUACCAAGUACUAAUUACAUUUCAAAAGGUAAUUAAUUACUAAUUACUUUCAAAAUUACUUUCGUUUUACUUUUUGUAUUUAAAUCAUGCUUGCCGCUUUCGACUAUUCACAACACUAAAUUGAGUAAAAUUAUUUCGCGCAAAAUUGCUGGGAAAUUAAAAAAGACAUCAAUACAUGAAGUAAUGGUGAAGGCUCACGUCGCAUUUUGCACAUAUUGCAGGCUUAUUUGAAAAAUAUUCCAAUUUUGUAAACAUCGUAUUCGUAGUAGUUCACGAGUUCUUAAACCAGGUAGCAUACAAAAACGUUUUACUACCUUUUAGAUUAUGUACAAUUAAUGUUGAAAAGCAACUAAGAAAAUUUUACUCGUUGCCUUCAAAAUGCAAUUAAUUACAUGCUUGUGAAGCAUCUUAUUCACCUGAGUACACUACAUUACAGCAAUUUUCGUCCAAGCACAAACCGCAAACAUUUUCGCGCGUUUGUUUACGUUUGAAACGGGGCGUUUACCGUUGGAAACGGAAUGUUUCACUGCUCAUGUGACGUGUUAUAGUGAAAAGCCUAAUUCAGUUAUUUUUCAUGUUUUCAUGUGCUUUCGUGUACUUUUCAGUAUUUCCAAGCUCACGAUAUUGUAAGAGCGACCAAACUUGUUUAUAUUCAUACUUUUUGUGACUAAAACGUAUUAUCAUGGGCUUGGAAAUAUUGAAACGUGCACGGAAGCACAUCAAAACAUGACAGUUGCGCCAAAAAUAGCUUAAGGCUUUUCAAUGUGAUUUCAGUUUCCAACGGUAAACGCCCCGUUUCAAACGUAAACAAACGCGCGAAAAUGUUUGCGGUUUGUGCUUGGACGAAAAUUGCUGUAACACAACAAAUACCAUAAUUAUUAGAUUACAUUGGUAUCGAAGGAACUAGACUCAGUUUCGAAAUAUCGCAUCUCGAACCGACCUGACCGCGUAGCUCAGUUGGCAGAGCAUUGGACUAGUAUUCCAAAGUUCGUAGGUUCGAUUCCAACCGUGGGCAGGCAUAUUUUUCAAGCCUGCCUGGUGUUGAUAUACACGCAGAGUAACAUCACAAGCAUCUUAUUCACCUGAGUACACUACACCAACACAGCAAUUAAUUACGUUACAAAUUACUUCAGUAAAGAAAGUAAAUUACUAUCAAAAUUACUCAAAAAGUAUUUUGUAAUUAGUAACGCGUUACUAUUGGAACGAGUAUUUACAACACUGCCAGUCAGAUCCGAAUUCUUUUCUCUGUAUCUAUGGAAAGAUCUGGUCUAUGUUUCUCAAAUAUCUAUAGCGAAAAUGGACCCCAUUCUAAUGUUAUCUAAAUUAUCCGGUCAGAUAGGUUCGAAGUUCAAUUGUUUUGACUUCCAUUCAACAAUUUGGCCGGUUUGGUCGUGUUAAUGGAAAGGGCCCCUUAUCUUGUAUGCUAUAGGCCACAUUGUUAUACCAUAGCAAGUUUGCAACACCCAAUUUGCUUCUUAUAGAUAGAUAGAUAGAUAGAUAGAAUCUUUCUUUCGAACGAUUAUGCUUGAAGCAUAAAGAUUACGCAGCCGUUUCUACCUCAAGGGCUUGAAUUUUAUCGCGGAGAACAAAAUGCCGUGUAUCAUUGCGGCAACGACGGCAAUUUUUUGCCGUGUGGUGUAAUUUUUGUACUAUUCACUGUGCAUUACUAUUUUGAUGCUGGAAUUCAGAUGUUGAUCAAAUCAUGCGUAAAUUACUAUUUUAGUCGCAGUUUUUCUUCGAAAGAAAAAAACACUUAAAAAGAAAUACGUAUUCUAGCUUGUCAACAAUCCAAAGUAACAGUAACGCCGUUGUCGUCGAUUGGUUUCAGGGAAAUUCGACGCCUAGCCAGGGGGAUAUUGAAUCUAGAAGUUAAGAAUGUUUACCAAUCAAUCCCAUUCCUUUUUAAAGGGGCAGUAUCAUCAAAAUUUUUAUUUUCUGAAACGAAAGUGCUCGUAAAACUCUAUAAUAACUUGUUUUGAAGAUUUUGGUUCCCAUGCUUAGCUCUUGAGAUAUUUCAUUUUGUUUGUAAUCAUGUGACGUCAUCUACUCAAUUACAUCAUAUAAUGAGAUAUCAGCAAUUGUUGUGCAUCUUUGCUAUUUUUAUCAAAAUAUUUCGAAAGAUGCGGCGCGUUUGUUAAUUUAACCUGCAUCAUUAAGCAUACCGUGUUUUUUUUUUAACAAAUCCAUCAAAAAUAGCAAAGAUACACAACAAUUACUGAUAUACAGAUGCACAGUAGUGUGGAAUAUGUUGCCGGAGUACAUUAAAAAUAGCGAUAGUAAAUACAUAUUUAAGUGCAAUCUAAAAUUAUAUCUUCUUUCUUCUGAAGAUUAUUAGUUGUACUCACAAAAAAUGUAAAUAAAAAUAAUUUAUAACUUUAUAAAGUUAAUUUGUAUUAGUGUACCUCAUAUAUCUUGAACCUGACAUUAUCUGACACUAUUCUCCUUUGUUAUAUUAGUUUGUUUUUAAAUUUUUUAGGGUGGACUACUAGAAAAGCCCUGACGGGCUUGUUAGUCUUCCUUCCAUAUGGAUUGUAUCUUUAUAUUUUAUCAAAACUGUAACUGUAUAAUGGCAAAAUAAAUAUCUAUCUAUAUCUCAUUAUAUAUGUAAUUGAGUAGAUGACGUCACAUGGUUACAAACAAAAGGAAUAUCUCAAGAACUAAGUAUGGGAACAAAAAUCUUCAAAACAAGUUAUUAUACAGUUUCACGAGCGCUUUCGUAUAACCUGCCUCAAAAUAUACGAAUGCUUCGUUCGUUACCACUAUUUAAGAAUUCCUUAAAUUAUUAUUAUAAUUUGUAAAAUGACUCCCACGCGGCAAUCUUGGAAAUCAGUUGUAAUUAUUUUUUAAUAUUUAAUUAAUGUACUGAAGAUUUUACCGUGUUAAAAUAAGGUUUUAUUGUAUUGUAUUGUAUCGUUUAAGCUUUGGUUUAAGAGAAUAUAAAUUUUGAUGAUACUGCCCCUUUAAUGAUAAAGGCCAAGGUGUCUGUGGUCAAUGCACCCUACGGCAAUUUUGAACCUAAUCAGGGGCGAAACUUGAGGGGGGAGUAUGGGGGGGGGGGUGAAAUCAUCUGGAUUGGCAGGGCAAUCAAAGAUUGUAAAUGAUAGAAUGUAGAGUUAAGUAACUUAGAGGGUUUUCUGAGGGAAUUUAUAGAAUUCAUAGACCUAAAUUUUACAGAUAUUGGUCCAAAAUAACGUCUCCUUAGCGGUGAAUGAGGUGAGGUUAUACCUCUGACUCCAGACGAAGAGUCUUCGCUAAACACGUUGAAAUUCUCCAUCUGCAACCGUUGCAAGCGAUGGUAGUUACAUCCUUAGCAACAAAAGCUUGUCCUUUAUUAUUUUACUCUGUCUAACACGGUUUUAUACUCUUCAAGGGGAGAGUGCUGACAUUUAAUAAGUUAUAAUAUUCUUUCUUUGUUUUAGUGUUGAUUCAGCGUGUUCAACUCCAGGCCCUCUUACAGGAGACGAUACUGUUACAGUUGAUGGAGGUAAGAUAUUUCCAGUAUCAAAAGAUACAGUGGACCUAUUCUAGACAAGUUUAGACAAACAUUUCAUCACAGCUUGAAAGAGCAUCACAAAAUUAGUAAUAUUCCGAAGUUUCGUUGCGAAAUGUUGUAAAAUGCGGAUAAUAUAGCCCUGCGAAGUUUGCCGUUUUUCAGUCAUUUUGUAUUACAAACGGGAAAUUGACAGAUCCAAAGGGUAUUUGGCUGUCAAUUUCCCCCGCAUAAUGCAAAAUGACUGAAAAACGGCAAACUUCGCAAGGCUAUAUUAUCCGCAUUUUACAACAUUUCGCAACGAAACUUCGGAAUAUUACUAAUUUUGUGAUGUUCUUUCAAGCUGUGAUGAAAUUUUUGUCUAGACUUGUCUAGAUCAAAACUUUGUUCAUUAGGGAAUAGGUCCAUUUGGAAAAAUUAUUUGAAUCUUGGCAAUGAAUUUUCGAACCCCACGGUGAAAACACCGCACUUGAUUUACAUUUCUAAUUCACUUUUUAUACAUUACUCUGAAUUUCUAUUUAACAUACAAGCCUCUCUCUAUUCCUGGACUAGGGUACAUUUUGAUUUACUUUGGGCAAAGGUACAGUUAGGUCGGCCACCAAUACACUCGGUCGGACAAACAAUAAACCUUCACUUUGGUCGGAUAGAAUGUCUAAUGGCUUCUUCUCUACGUCGGACAAUCUGCCCCACAGACCGUUUUUUUAAGGACUGCAUGUAUUCAACAGAACCCCCCCCCCCCCGCCUCUAUUUACGAGUCUGAUUGAGUUUCAAAAUAUUUUCUCAAUAUUUUCUUAAGCGGAUUUAAGUACUUUGUCAGCGAUAACAGCAGGCUCUGUCUCUGUUGUUCCAGUUGGAUUUCAAACAGCGACAACACAAAGCAUGUCAGCUUCGGAUCUACAAAAACAAUGGUGGCAUCUUGAGGAGGUAUGUGCUCAACAUACUGCCGAUUUCGAUUUACCGUUUCAGGGCUUCCGUUUCCGGUGAUUGUUUUAACGUUAAAACGAACAAGUUGCUAAGGGCCAAUGUCAAUGUUACUAAGUGAAGUCUAGUGGUCUUUGUCCGUUGUUUUCUUAUCCGUUGUUUAUCAUUUGUGAAUGUAACUGUUAUAUUCGUAUUUAUCUCGUCAUUGGCAACAUUUUGAUAUAUAAUUUACGAAAGUUUGUGGAUCAUUUCAUGUUUUUAUUGAUAUUUUGGAAAUUGUAGCGUAUAAAUGGCCAGUAAAUAAUUUUGAAGCCUUUUAUACGCUACAAUUUCCCAAAUAUCAAUAAAAACAUGAAAUGAUCCACAAAGCUUUGUAAAUUAUAUAUCAAAAUGUUGCCAAAGACGAGAUAAACACGAAUAUAACAGUUACAUUUACAUUUACAAAUGAUAAACAACGGACAAGAAAACAGCGGACAAAGACCACUAGACUUCACUUAGUAACAUUGACAUUGACCGUUAGAAACGUGUAUGUUUCAACGGGAAAACAAUUACCGGAAAUUAAAGCGCUGAAACGGUAAGUCGAAAUCCGCAGUAUAUUCACUCCCAGGGUAUUCAAUACAAGCCGGUAGCCAGUAGAGCUUCGUCGGAUGACGUAAGGUUUACUGGCGGGGUUUUUUUCAGGAUUUUUUUAGGACCGUAAAACGGCCUCAAAAACUCAAUCUUGAAUUGAGUUUUGAAACUCAAUCUUUUCACCAAAAGACUAAGUGCAUUAAAAAUAAAGUUGUUUGAGUUAAAUUCGUGACGUGUGCAAAUUAGUUUUCAGUUGGAAACCCCACGAUCAAGAAAAAUGCGUCUUAUUAUUAUUAAUUAACAAGUGGAAAUUUGCAAGUGGAAAUUUAUAUACAUUUAUUAGAUUGCAAGGCAACAGGUUCGAUUCCUGUCAGGGACAUAUAGUUUUAUUUUUUACAACUGCUCCUGGUUAUAGGUUUAAUAAAUGUAUUAAAUUUACACUCGCAAAUUCAAUCUACAGGAGGAAACCUAAACUAAACUAACUUUAUUUAUACUGGAGAGCUCUAUCAGUUCUAAACUGUUCUUCCUAGAGGUCCAGUAAGGAUAAUCUCUUAUUGAUCCAGUGUUACUACAGGAGGAAACCUAAACUAAACUAACUUUAUUUAUACUGGAUAGCUCUAUCAGUUCUAAACUGUUCUUCCUAGAGGUCCAGUAAGAAUCAUCUCUUAUUGAUCCAGUGUUACUACAGGAGGAAACCUAAACUAACUUUAUUUAUACUGAAUAGCUCUAUCAGUUCUAAACUGUUCUUCCUAGAGGUCCAGUAAGAAUCAUCUCUUAUUGAUCCAGUGUUACUACAGGAGGAAACCUAAACUAACUUUAUUUAUACUGGAUAGCUCUAUCAGUUCUAAACUGUUCUUCCUAGAGGUCCAGUAAGGAUCAUCUCUUAUUGAUCCAGUGUUACUACAGGAGGAAACCUAAACUAAACUAACUUUAUUUAUACUGGAUAGCUCUAUCAGUUCUGAACUGUUCUUCCUAGAGGUCCAGUAAGCGUCAUCUCUUACUGAUGCAGUGUUACUACAGGAGGAAACCUAAACUAAACUAACUUUAUUUAUACUGGAUAACUCUAUCAGUUCUAAACUGUUCUUCCUAGAGGUCCAGUAAGGAUCAUCUCUUAAUGAUCCAGUGUUACUACAGGAGGAAACCUAAACUAAUUUUAUUUAUACUGGAUAGCUCUAUCAGUUCUAAACUGUUCUUCCUAGAGGUCCAGUAAGAAUCAUCUCUUAUUGAUCCAGUGUUACCACAGAAGGAAACCUAAACUAAACUAACUUUAUUUAUAUACUGGAUAGCUCUAUCAGUUCUAAACUGUUCUACCUAGAGGUCCAGUAAGGAUCAUCUCUUAUUGAUCCAGUGUUACUACAGGAGGAAACCUAAACUAAACUAACUUUAUUUAUACUGGAUAGCUCUAUCAGUUCUAAGCUGUUCUCCCUGGAGGUCCAGUAAGGAUCAUCUCUUAUUGAUCCAGUGUUACUACAGGAGGAAACCUAAACUAAACUAACUUUAUUUAUACUGGAUAGUUCUAUCAGUUCUAAACUGUUCUUCCUAGAGGUCCAGUAAGGAUAUCUCUUAUUGAUCCAGUGUUACUACAGGAGGAAACCUAAACUAAACUAACUUUAUUUAUACUGAAUAGCUUUAUCAGUUCUAAACUGUUCUUCCUAAAGGUUCAGUAAGAGUCAUCUCUUAUUGAUCCAGGAAACUUUAACUUUAUUUAUACUGAAUAACUCUAUCAGUUACUGUUCUGUAAAGUCAAAGCCUGUAUGUUUUAUUUUUUGUAGACAGUAAACAACAUCAUUACGACAGCGCAACAAUUGAGAAACAUGCUGUCUCAUGUAAAAAUGCAAGUGGAGAGUGUCCGAGAUAAUUCUGUGGCGCAAGCCAAGCUACACGCUGAGGCUGAAAAGAAAGAGGUAUAUGCCCCGUUGUUUUUUGUGUGAAAUACCACACCAUUUUUUGAAAAUGCGAAAAUGUCGUACUCGUCGGUAACAUGUUUUAGGCAUUACAGAAUCUUUUAUUUUUUGCAUCAUGAAAGUUUUUAGCGGUGCAAUACAGCACGCAAAAUUUGAACAUAGGUCACCAGACAAAAUAGAGAGAGGUAUAGCGCAUUGUUUUUCUAAAAUGGAAAAUUCUAAUGACGUCAACAAUUGACAUAAAACGCUAUAGAACACGCGCAUGCAAUGUCGUGAGAUGGCGCGAGCAACUGCUCACGUCAGGUCAUAUUGGAAGUUCUUUCAUUUUGUUAAUCAGUUUCCGCAACCUGCGCGUAAAAAAUGGUCACCCGGUUUUGUUCGCGAUUCUUGAGCAGGGUUUUUGUGAUAAUUAUAUCGAGCCACCUUAAGAAAAUAUUUAGAAAAAAUUUAACCCUUUACGCUACAAUAGGCCCUGAUGCACCUGACUUGAUUAUGCCUAACGCCAGACGAUUUUGCUUGUCAAUAGGAGAGUGCUGGCCCUCAAUGGCCAGACCAUCUGCCUAUGUGUCUAGUUAAUACAUUAAGCUGUAUUAUAUCCAAAUGCCCCCUACUUUAUUAUUAAACUCUGUCUAAUGCCAGGCAGUUUUACUCAUCAAGGGGAGAGUGCUGACGCUCAUUGUGUUAAUUAGACUAGUUAGCCAUUAAGUCAUAGAUAUCUUAUACACACUAGAUAGCGCAUCUCUUUUAGUAAAAUUGAAGCCAAGAAUAGCGGUUACCCCUGUUAGAAUAGAUGGCGGCCAUGUUGGUCGUUUCCACUUGCUAAUAAACGUUUAAAAACAACAAUAACUUUCAUCAUUUGAAUAGUUUGAAAAUGUAUUUGGAAUAGGGUUAACUUAAUGUUUAAGUUCCCUGUUUGAGAAAUAGAAAACAUACGAAUCUUCUCGUUCCGUGGGAACGACCUGAGACUGCAAUCACGGCUUCAAUUUUUGAAUUGCAGAAUAAUUAGAUGCACUAUCUAGUGUAUAUAAGAUAUCUAUGACUGUAAGUCAAGAAUAUAUCCACUAGUCAAUAAAUCUCGCAAAAUAUAACGAUAUUUAUACAAAAUUACAAUGCAUGGAAAAUAGCACUUCUAGGCGAAUAAAAGUAUAUAAGAUAUCUAUGCAUUAAGUUGGAUGGAUCUAAAUAUGCUAAAUUAAAUUUUCAUUUUGUUCUAUACCUAGGUGUUGGCACAGACUCGCAUGAACUCACUGAUGCAGCUAUCACGGGCUUUGAUGGAAGCAAAACAAGAAAAAGAAACUGCCGUGGCCCAAGCUUUAAUUGAAGCCAAAACAGAACGUCUUGAGAAUGCCGCCGAUGCCAAGCAACAAGAAUUACUUAAGGUGAGUGAAGGUCUGGCUCCUUUAUCGUCAAGUUUGCGGCCUUUAGUUAGUUUUGAGCACAAAAAUUGGGGGGAUAAUGUUUCCAUCGUUCGAUUUUUUGGUAUUCUUUUCUUCGCCAUUGCUCAUGUAUCGCAUCGUUCACAGUCAACUUCUGUUCUUGUAAAUCAAUCUUGCGCAAACCACCAUCUGAGCAAACCAUCUUAACCUGCAUUCACCGAAUAAUAAAUUGAUAAAUGGCGCUUUUAAAAUAGAAAGUUUUUAUUGGGUUGGUAACAUAAGCAAGAUGGCGAAAGAAACUUACACUACACCUGUAUUCUAAAAGCACACUCACACUCAAUGAGUGGAGGUUCAAUCUGAGCUUCUCUCGAGUGUCAUUGCUGUUUUUGAAUAGCGGGUUAGUGUCGUACCUUACUAUGUGACUACUCGCCCUCCAGCUAUUCAAAAACAGCACUGACUCUCGAGGGAAGUUCAGAUUGAACUUCCACUCUUUGAGUGUGAGAGUAUGAGUGAGCUUUUAGAAUACAGACGUAUGAGUGCUUGUAAAACUAGAAUUGAAAUAAAUGUAAUAUAUAUCAGCGAAAAGCAGCCGAGCAUUAAGAAAAUUGGUCGUCAUCAGUUGAUCUGGUGAUAAUUUUGCAAUAAGAUUGAAAAUAACAAUUAUAAAAUUUGAUGUUUGUGAUGUUACUCUGAGUGUAUAUCCACACCGGGCGAGCUCGAAAAAUAUGCCCGGCCACGGUGGGAAUCGAAUCUACGAAAUAUCACUUACUCGAACCGUCCUGACCGCGUAGCUCAGUUGGCAGAGCAUUGGGCUAGUAUUCCAAAGGUCGUAGGUUCGAUUCCCACCGUGGCCGGGCAUAUUUUUCGAGCUCGCCCGAUGUGGAUAUACACUCAGAGUAACAUCACAAACAUCAUAUUCACACCUGAGUACACAACACCAGCACAGAAAAAAAAAAGCAAUUAAAAUUGUUAACGAGAGAUUUUAUUAAAAUGUAACAAGCUAGCUGAGUGGAAAGUUUUUUUAAAGCAAUUUUAAUUCCGUUAGGAAAUUCACGUAAUCCAAGUGGAACAGAACAAUGGUAUUGAUGAGGAGACGGAGGAGAUUGUCGAAGCCGUACAACAACAGUGACGUCACGUUUUAACGCAUUUCUUACUUGUUGCCUAGCAACGUCAUUAAAACCAACAAUGAAAGUCAGCGGUAGAGCGACAUUUUGAAAAAUCAAUAGUAUCAGGAUAUUUUCACUCGUGAUAUACAAUUUUAAACGGGACCUCCGUGCUUGUUUUAUCAUACAGGUAUAAAACACGAGUGUCUUAUAUCUGAUAAACCACGGAGUGUUUUUUAUGUGGUCAUUGAAUGUUGAUUCAUUUCACAGUUGGAAUUUUGCAUAGGUCAAUGGACCAUUUGCAUUAUAGACUAAAUUUUGAUCUCAACAAGCCUAGACAAAAAUUUCGUCACAGCUUGAAAGAGCAUUACAAAAUUGGUAAUAUUCCAAAGUUUCGUUGCGAAAUGUUUUACAAUGCGGAUAAUGUAGCCUUGCGAAGUUUGCCGUUUUUCAGUCAUUUUGUAUUACAAACGGGAAAUUGACAGCCCCAAAGGGUAUUGGGCUGUCAAUUUCCCCCGCGUUAUGCAAAAUGACUGAAAAACGGCAAACUUCGCAAGGCUAUAUUAUCCGCAUUUUACAACAUUUCGCAACGAAACUUUGGAAUAUUACUAAUUUUGUGAUGCUCGUUCAAGCUGUGAUGAAAUUUUUGUCUAGACUUGUCUAGAUCAAAAUUUCACUUUUAAGGGGAAAGGUCUAUUAGACCAGUUAACCCAUUAAGUCAUAGAUAUCUUAUAUACACUAGAUAGCGCAUCUCUUUUAGUAAAAUUGAAGAAAGAAAAUCUGGAAUAUUACUAAUUUUGUGAUGCUCUUUCAAGCGGUGAUGAAAUUUUUGUCCAGACUUGUCUAGAUCAAAAUUUCACUUAAAAGGGGAAAGGUCUAUUAGACCAGUUAACCCAUUAAGUCAUAGAUAUCUUAUAUACACUAGAUAGCGCAUCUCUUUUAGUAAAAUUGAAGAAAGAAAGUCUGGAAUAUUACUAAUUUUGUGAUGCUCUUUCAAGCUGUGAUGAAAUUUUUGUCUAGACUUGUUGAGAUCAUAAUUUAGUCUAUAACGCAAAUGGUCCAUUCUAAGUUUCGGAGGAUUUAUGGGAAAUGUUUAAGGAAACUGACUUGGUGUUAAUCACCGAGUUAGUUCCUUCAAACAUUUCUUACAAAUUUUUUAAAACUUACAAUUGACCUAUGGAAAAUUCCAACUGUGAUCGCAAAAUCUUCGAUAGAGUAAACUGGGCUUUAAUGAUGUCUUUCUGAAUUGACCAUUUGCGUAAUAGACUAAAUUUUGAACUAUUUUGAUCUCAACAAAAAUUUCAUCACAGCUUGAAGGAGCAUCACAAAAUUAGUAAUAUUCCAAAGUUUCGUUGCAAAAUGUUGUAAAAUGCGGAAAAUAUAGCCUUGCGAAAUUUGAAAUUUUCAAUCAUUUCAGAUUACAAACGGGAAAUUGACAGCCCCAAACCCUUCGAGGCUGUCAAUUUCCGGUUUGUAAUCAAAAAUGACUGAAAAUUGCAAAUUUCGCAAGGCUAUAUUUUCCGCAUUUUACAACAUUUUGCCACGAAACUUUGGAAUAUUACUAAUUUUGUGAUGCUCUUUAAAGCUGUAAUGAAAUUUUGUCUAUUACGCAAAUGAUCAAAAUUUAGUCUAUUACGCAAAUGGUCAAUUGUUAGGGUGGUCCCUCAUUCGUCGUUAGUGACUUGUGAGUGAGUCUAGUCUAGCAUAUGUUGAAAAGUCACUUUGUUGGCUAUUGUAGUAUCAUUGCAUCUUUGAAGGCAUUGGUAUUUUGUAAAUAGAUUUGAACUUAAUUAUUUGUAUUGUGGUAGAUUAAUUCCAUAAAUUGAGCAGAAAUUU